AUGAGCAUGGUUGAGCCUGUGGGCGGCUUCGAGCAGUUUGUCAAGUUUGUGACGGAUGCUACUGGCCUCGAGCGCAUCUUGCGAUGGCUGCAGGCGCUGGCGCAGGUGCUCAUCUUUGUCGCGCCUGCCCGCGCUGCUGCCCUCUACACAGUGUCUAGCCUGUCCUCCGUGGCCUGCACCCUUUCUCCGGCCUGGUGCUCCUCUUCUACGUCAGGCCAGUCCGCAGCAGCAGGCUAUCCGGCAUUGCUGUCGGUUGAAGUCCUCCAACGCCUGCGCGCCAGCUGCGCGCUGACGAGGCGCUACUUCCGCCUCUUCCGCUUCUUCGAGGCUUUUGGCGCUGCAUGGACCCUGUAUACUUCCUUCGUUGCUUCCCCUGCCGGGAAGACGGCGAAAUCUCUCGAGACGUGGCUCGCCAUCUCGAGUCGCUCCUUCAACGGCAUGUAUCUGCUGCUCGAGAGCCUGACCUUCAUCGAAGGCCUCGGCGUCGAGGGGCUAGACGGCCCCUGGGGUACGGAGCGGGCAGCGAUGCUUCGCGUCGAGGCCAACCGGUUUUGGUUCUUCUCGCUGUUGUGCGGGAUUAUUGUUGGGGGGCUGAGGCUUGUUGGGUUGUAUCGUGCUCAGAAUCGUGUGUCCGACUCGAAGUCGGAGAAGAAGGGAAUAGAUGAAAAGGGCAGUGACAGCGCCGUAGCGACGGAGCUGGAGAAUAGGAAGAAAAAGGAGAAGAAAGACGAGGCGCGCAAGAUUCUACGCCGACUCACGGCGGACGUGUUGGACAUUUCGGUCCCGGGAUCUGUCGUCGGUUGGUCGCCUCUAUCCCCAGGCCCCAUCGGCGUCCUUAUGCUCGGUAGCACCGCUCUGACGGGCCUCGAGGUGUGGGAUCGAUGUGGUAAAGAGCUAGAGGAUUCUCGGGGUGCGUGGGCAAUAUGA